AUGCAGCCUCAGCAGCAGCAGCAGCAGCAGCAGCAGCAGCGGCUUUGCUUUUCGUUGCCUGCCGUCUGGUCUGGUCUGGUCUUGUGCCCAGGCCGAUUGGGUGUCCGCGUAGCGGUAGCUGUAGCUGUAGCUGUAGCUGUAGCUGUGGCUGUGGCUGUCGACCUUGUUUGCACUUUGCGUGUCGGCUUGCCCGCGUAG